AUAAUUAAACUUCCCUGAUUAUUAUUCCCCUCUGAGACCUAAUUGCCGACGUAUCGCAGUUUAUGACCUUUCAUUUGAUCCCAAAUUCAGAAUUUUUGACGCAUUUUUUUGGCCGUAAUUAGUAAUUCCGUAAAACAGAAUUUUCUCCUCGAAACCUAGGGAAUUCUAGGGGAAAAAACUCACUAGAUCUCGAGAAGGCCGGGCCUUAAACCGUUUAUUUAUAAACGCUAAAUUUCUUCUCAAUAAACACCUACCUGAGGAAUGAAGGAGUUGAGGCUUUCAAUUCAACGAGAAUUUCAAUGAACUCAACAGGAUAUGAAAACAAAACUGAAAAGAAGCUGAUUCUCAUUUGGAAAUAUGGUUUAACCCUAGAAGAUCGUCACAUCCACCAUUUUAAUGCUUUGAAGAGAUUUUCACCGUGGGAAAAUUGUCCAAUUACAUCCUGUGAACUGACAUACAAUGAAAAAGAAUCAGGAACAUCCGAUGCUGUCUUAUUUCACCUUCAACGAAUGACCAGACACGACGCAGUCGAAAUUUCCACAUGGUCUCAUCGAAAUCGACAGAAAAACCAAAUCUGGAUUUUCCUGACAGAUGAAUCUCCAAUCCACACAACAUUUUAUCCAGAAUACAAUGGAUUAUUCAAUUGGUCAAUGACUUAUCGAUCUGACAGUGAUGUUUGGGUUCCCUACGGUCGUACAAUUCGAAAAUCUGUUUUUUCUAAUACUAGUAGCACCAAUCAUCCCUCCAAAAUCUCGGAUUAUCUGAAAAAAAUCCCCAAGAAAGACAAAUUAGUCGCAAUAAUGGGUAGCAAUUGCGUAAAAGAUACAAGUGAAAGUAAUCGGUGGAAAUAUGUCCAGUCUCUGAAAAAUCUUUUCAAAAAAUCAGAACAAAGCUUAGAUAUUUUUGGGACAUGUCUAGGAGGCAACAGAACUGUCUGUCCAGGACAUUUCAGACGAGACUGUCCUCUGUUGAAAGAUUAUAAAUUCUAUCUAGCUUUUGAAAACUCCAAUUGCAGGGAAUACUUGACAGAAAAAAUAUUCUGGAAUGCCUAUUCGAAAUUUUCAGUGCCAGUGAUCAUGGGACCACCAAAAAAGGAUUGCAAUCGGUUGUUGCCACCUCAUUCUUUCAUUCAUGUGACAGAUUUUCAUUCGCCAGAGGAUUUGUUUAAUUAUUUGAGGUAUGUUGAUGAGGAUGAUGAGAUGUAUGGAAGAUAUCAUGCUUGGAGGACAGAGUGGAGGGUUUUGAAUGAACAUGGGUAUUUCGGAUCUGAACCAAAACAUUUUUGUCGCUUAUGCCAGGCACUUUGGCGGAAUAAAUUUAAGAAAAAAUAUUACGAAAAUCCCAGUGACUAUUGGAGCAAAAAUGACUGCUUACUGACCCCUUAUUAAUUCAAUUCGCCAUUAAGUAAUUAAAUAAAUUCUGAUAUAAGCACAGCAUUGCUACCAGUGAGAGCUUAAGGUUGAAUGACUCUUUAUAUAUGCCACGCUAUUUCACCUGUUCAACAUUGAGAUGUUAUUAACAUUUUCUUGUUAAAUAGUCUUUAAGAAUAUAUAUUUGAAAAAAUGAAAGAAUAUAUUUUCAGGAGAGAAUGUUCGAUUUAAGUACAAGCAAUAUUUUUAAAUUGCAAUAUUGAUUAUAAUUUAGUGAUUAUUAUGAAGUGUGUGGCACACUUUAUUUAAAAAAUUUAUAUGUAUGUAGUAAAAACGAUCGUUUCAUGAAUUACACUCGUGAGGCGGUUGCGAUAAUCUUCAAUCUAAUUGAUAUUCAUUCCUUAAAAACAUUCUAUUUACUUUUUGAUUCCUUCUUUUAAUAAACCAGUCAAUUAAUAAAUAAGAAAUAUUCAGGGGAUUUUGAGUUUAAUUUGAAACGAGUAUUAUGUUGUUAAAGAGGAAUUGUAUAAAAUAAUAUGAAAACAACAAUAAUAACUGUUGAGUUUUAUUUGUUGAACUUUGAAAACGUUAGAUUUGUACAUGUCAGAUAAAACGUGGUAAUUAACUUUAAUUGUUUAAUUAUUGAUACUUGAAGAAGCAAAAUGAGACUCGAUUAAUUUGUUGAUAUGAGAUUAUCUGGGAAAAUCGAUCUCUAAAACUUUGAAAUUCUAAGAAAAGUUCUUUAAAACCGUUAAACUAUCUGGAUUCUCUAGGAGUUUAUAAGUAAUAAUCACCAUUAAUUUAAUUGUGUUUUUCCCAAGUCACUAACUACUAUAGAAUUAGAGAAAUCAAACUAUUCGGCUGCACUUUUGAAAGCAGCAUUAGUCAGCCUCAAAAAGACUAAAGACUCGAUGGAUUCCCUAAAUAUUUAUUUACCUUAGGCGGUAAUCAAUUAGCAAUAGAUGAAUCGGCAUUGUCACUAUCUGUAA